AUGGAUCAAAACAUAUCACCAAGUUCGGGUGCUGUCUCUGCCACCGCGGAGCCCAGCUCAUCCAACUCUGAAUCGAGAGUCAAUAUCACGGUCAGCAGCGAGAGCAGCAACAGUAGCAACAGUACGCGAGAUGACGAACAUAGUGAAGGGAGCAACAGCAACAACGCCGAAACCAGUAACAGAAGCAACAGGAACGAAGGGACGGGCGCAAAUGUCGAGGAAACCGAAACCCAAAGCGACCCAUAUCUCAGGAGAAGGCCGCAGACACUGGGCGAGGUUAUGAGAGAACUGGGGUCGCGCGCGCCUGAUGUCAUGGUUCUGGAAUCGAUGCCGGAGGAAUCGAGUAGCAGAAACAGGGAGGCGGCGUUGAAUCCGAAGGAGGAUCUUUGGAUGAGUACUGCUGAUGGACGAUAUAACUCGCCCAUUAUACCACUUCGGGUGGGAGAGGCGCCUCGGGCGCAAACAUUCUAUGUCCAUAAGCACAUCCUCCUAAAAGUCGAAUGCUUCGAGAAAGCACUCUGCGGCAACUUCAGAGAAUCCGAGACCCAGUCGAUUGAGCUACCCGAAGAAGACCCAGCAAUCUUCCACUACCUGAUCGCCUUUUUAUAUGAAGGGAAGUAUGAGCCUAUCAAGCCUGCUUCAUCAGUUCUCGUCCCCGACCAGCAAAAGGGUAAAGACAAAGAUGCCGUGGAAACCAACGGCGCUGGGGGCGGAAUAGACUCUGAGACACACAACUCAGACGACUCCGAGCUAGACACCGACCUCAGCGCCGCCCCCGCUCAACGCCGGCGCGAGCGUCAACGGCGUCUUCAACAGCGAGAAAGGCAGCGGGAAUGGGAUCGCAUGCGCCCCGAUCACCAGUACCUCCACCCGGUAUUGGAGCCCCGUACACCCCGACUGGAACAAGGCCGCCAUUCCCUCACCCUCCCGGCCCCGAAUAUCACCACAGACCCUACCUCGAACGACUUUUUGGCUGGCGAUGGCGUAGGAGCAGCUGCCAAUAGGAGACGUGGCCGCGCAAGACUAGCAGCUCCUCCCCCUCCUCCACCCCCUCCUCCUCCACCACCACCACCACCUCCUCCCGCCAACCACGCUCUACCUCCUCCCCCAGCGCCCACCGCUCAGGCCUCUUCCUCUUCCUCUUCCAACCAGCCCCCCUCGGACUCCUACCAUCUAACAGAAGGCAACACCCGCCUCUCCACCCCCGCCGACCUGCGCACCUGGCUCCUCUGCUACGAACACACCUUAUCGGUCUACAUCCUCGCCAACAAGUUUCUGCUAGACGACUUCAAAGCUUCGAUCGCGCGGCAUGCAAUCGACAUGCUCGAGAGCGCGGGGACCGACGCGGCGGUGCCGCAGGUUUUGUUCCUUUGCAAGCGGCUGUGGGAGGGUCUGCCGGAGAGCGAUCCGCUGCUUAAAAUGGUGUUUGCUAGGGUUGGCUUUUUGCAACCUUGGAGGGGCAGGGGCAGGAGCAGGAGCAGUAGGUAUGGGUAUGGAAAUUCCGGUAAUCGAAAUGGGGAGAGGAAUGAAUAUGGAAAGAGACGCAGGACUGAGGAUACUGGUGAUGAGGGUAUGACAGCAACAACGACCGAAAAGGAAAUGGAAAUGGACGAGGAGGAGGAGACAGGGGACUGGUUGCAUCAGAACCCGGAGAUUGUCACGGCCGUGUUGAUGGAGAUGGCGGCGAGGAGGGAGGAGGAUUUCUAUCACACUCAGUACAAUCACCAAAGUCCCGGGCUUCAUCAAGGACCGCCUGGGAUGGGUGGUUAUAUGGGGUUGCCGGGAAUGGGAAUGGGAAUAGGAAUGGGUAGGAUGGACGCGGGCGGUAGGUCGUUGCCGAGCAUGGAGAGGCCGUGGGCCACGGCGGCGGGAGGGGGUGCAGGCGGGGGAAGAAUGAAUGGAAUGCCAGGAGGGUUGGGGGAUAUGGGUGGUGGUGGAGGAGGAGGGCCAUUGCCCUCAUCCUCAUCAUCAUUGGCCGUUUGCUGGUAG